UGAUAAUAGAGGAUUGUUUUCUUUCUCGUCGAUUUAGGGUUUAGGUAUACGUGAAUUGCUAUUCUUCCAUUCGUUCUGUGCAAAAUGUCUAUGGAAUUCGAAACCCGCGUCACCAUACUCCCUUCGGAAAGCUUUGAAGAAAGAGAGAAGCGGCUGGAAUCGGAACAGGACUCGGAUGAGGAAUCGGAGCCGAAACGGUUUGAUUGGCAGUUGAAACGCCCAGAAGAUCUUGUUCUGAGUGACUUCUCCAUGUAUGACGAUGACCCUAAACCUUUUAAGAUUUAUACUAGAUCCUUUGUGUAUAAGAAUGAGGCUCAGGUCGAAAAAGAGAAGCAAAUUAAAAUUGCCAUGGCUGACUAUAGAAAGCGCUCCCGAAACCUAAGCCGCUUUGACGCAAUCGCACCUCCAAAAAUUGCAGAAUUAUGUAGCUCCAUAAUUCCCCUUCCCAUAGACGAUGAUCUUCGCCUUGAACUCACUCCUCUCUGCAAUGUUGCCUUAGAAAAAUACAAUGACGACAAUCAGGGUGUAAAUUUUGUAUUGACGGAUAUUGUAAAGACAACCUGGCGUCCUGGUGGGAUGUAUUACAUUACCUUUCAAGCACAAGAUCCUUCCAACACCCAUGCCACAACUUUCCAAGCCCAAGUACACAAAAUGUGCCGUGGACCACCACACAAGGUCAUAUCAUGUGCCAUUAAAACCUAACACUCACCAUCAACAUCUAUGGCCUUGACACACUUGUUGGCGUAGUGAGUUAAAUGCAACCGUUCAUGUUUCUGGUAGUAUAUUUGCUAUAAAUUUUUGGGAUUUUAACCUGUUGUUUCUCGUGUCAAUUGACUCCAUCUAAUGGCCAUUUAUUUGUCUUUUAUCUGUAUCUGUAUACUCGGAUGAACUUAUUUCUAAUCUUCUAUAAUGUAACACUACUGAAGUGCAAUGCAAGGCAAAUGGAAGUGUGUUCCAAUUACACC